UUUUUCUGAUUAAAUAGGUUUAGUUAAAUUACAACAAAUAUUGAGUUUAAUCAAUGAAAAUUAUACCCUUGAGCUAAGGGCAGUUAAACGAAUUCAUAAUGCUACUGAUGCUCACGCCUUUCUGGCCUCUAUUGAGAUGGCUGACCCUGAAUCCCGGAAGUACGUUGUACUGGACUGUGAUGCGAUGACCGCUAAAGAUAUUAUUGUCACCCAUGUGAGAGAUAUUUACAUGGGAAGAAGAAAUUUUCACUUUUUAUUAACGAGUCUUGUUAUGGACGAUUUUUUCAAUAAACAUGUACUCGAAUUUGGUGCAGUUAAUAUUACCGGUUUCCGGAUCCUCCAAACUUACGGUGAUGAGUAUAAACGUUUCUUUCAAAGUAUCAAACUCUUGGGACUGGUCAAUAAGUCAAUCGAUGACGAGGGCAGUUUAUCUGUCGAUUCUGCGUUGAUGCUCGAUGGGACUCGAGUUAUUUUGGACACUUUGAACCGUUUACUUCGUAAAAAGCCUGAUAUUUUUCGUAACAAUUUUCGCCGUGGUCAAGUUUACAAUAAUGGGUCAAGGGGAAUCGAUUGUAAAAUGCAACCACUAAUCCCAUGGGAACACGGUAAAGAAAUAGCUCGAUACAUGCAAAAGACAAAUAUAACGGGAUUAACUGGUAAUUUGUCAUUCGAUGAAAAUGGUUUUCGUAACAACUUCAAGAUUGACAUUGUUCGUAUGACAAUCAACAGUGUCAUGACAAAGAUUGCUGAUUGGACUCCGUCCAGAAGUGUCAACUUAAUACCAACUAAGUACCAACGGAUACCCAAAGAUCAAGUAGCUGUUAAUAAGACUUAUAUUGUUACGAGUAUAUUGGAGGAACCUUACCUAAUGGUCAGGAAAGCGGAAAAGGGAGUCUCUUAUGAGGGAAACGAAAUGUUUGAAGGUUAUUGUAAAGAUUUAGCUGAUUUGAUUAGUGAAAAAAUGGGAAUCAAUUAUACGUUACAAAUUGUUAAGGAUAAAAAAUACGGUGGAAUUGAUCCUAAAUCGGAGGCAGGUUGGAAUGGGAUGGUUGGUGAAUUAAUCAGAAAGGAAGCGGAUAUGGCGAUCGCUCCAUUGACCAUAACAUCAGCUCGUGAGAGGGUUAUCGAUUUUACCAAGCCUUUUAUGUCCCUUGGAAUAAGUAUAAUGAUUAAAAAGCCCGCGAAAAAAAAUCCUGGUAUUUUUAGCUUCAUGAAUCCAUUGAGCCAAGAAAUCUGGAUGUGUAUUAUUUUAUCUUACAUCGGUGUUUCUGUUGUACUUUUCUUGGUUUCUCGUUUCUCUCCCCAUGAAUGGAGAUACGAGGAAACACUGACCGGGCCCUCGGUGACAAAUGAUUUUUCAUUAUAUAAUAGCCUUUGGUUUUCUCUUGGUGCCAUUAUGCAGCAAAGCUGUGAUGUCUGCCCUAGGUCCAUCUCAGGUCGUAUUGUCGGCGGAGCUUGGUGGUUUUUCACCUUGAUUGUCAUCUCAUCUUACACCGCCAAUCUCGCCGCUUUCCUUACGGUUGAACGUAUGGUAACACCGAUUAACUCUGCUGAUGAUCUGGCAAAACAAACGGAAGUUGAAUAUGGAGCUUUGAGAGAUUCAUCAACUCAAGAGUUUUUCAAGCGAUCUAAAAUUGCUGUUUAUGUGCGUAUGUGGGAGUUUAUGACUCAACGUCCGAAUGUAUUUGUGGACACUUACUCUGAGGGAAUAAGACGGGUUCGAGAGUCCAAGGGAAAAUAUGCUUUUCUAAUUGAAUCAACACAAAACGAUUAUGUCAAUGAACGAAAACCCUGUGAUACUAUGAAAGUUGGACGUAAUUUGGAUGCUAAAGGAUACGGGGUAGCAACACCUCUUGGAUCACCAUUGAGAGUUCGAUUAAAUUUGGAGAUAUUAGCACUCAAAGAGAACGGAGACCUGACCAAACUCGAAAAUAAAUGGUGGUAUGAUAGAUCAGAAUGUAAGAGUAAAGACAGUAAGGAAUCGAGUCAGAGUGAGUUGACUUUGGGUAACGUGGCGGGAUGUUUUUAUAUUCUCAUCGGCGGCUUAUUGCUCGCUAUGUUGGUCGCUUUUGUUGAAUUCUAUUGGCAAUCACAGAUAGAAGCAAACCGGAAGAAGGUAUCACUUUAUCAAGCAAUGAAGACCAAUGUUAAAAUAUCAAUUACCGGUGCACCUUAUUUUGAACGGAUGCUCAAUAAAUAAUCAAUUAAAAUUUGUUCAUCUAAUAUUUGAAUGGCUGAUCAUUUUACCAGAACCAAAUUAACCCAUUGAACAAUUAUUAUUAUAAAUCAAUAGUAAUCAAGUUUAUUGAAUCAUUAAUUACGAUAAUAAAAGUACAGAUUUCUUGUUGUAAAAGUCAAUAUAAUCAAGAUUCUUUUACUCCAUAAC